AUGGGGCUUCUAGGCCGUCUUCCGGCUCUCGCGGCUGUGGCUGCGGCGUUUUCUAUCACCACCGCUGAAGCAUCCUACGCCGGAGGGGGUCUGACCAUUUUGGCUCCAAGUGAUGUCGAUGGAUCUGAGAAUGACGGUUCUGCUGCUAUCCUCGUCGGUCAGCCGGCUGAUUUCGAAACCGGCCGUGCCACUUGCAAGCUUCUAGCGGAGGCGCCCUGGAGCCCGGAGCAAGCAGACUUUGAGUCUACGCUGAGCAAGGCACUGGGCUAUCAGGAAUAUCAGGAUCUCGCGCCCAAGGAUCAGUUGUACUGGGUUUCCAAGGUCAAGUCAUGUAAGAGCGCUUGCCGGGCUAUCGACACUCAAGGCAAAACCCACGCUGUCAAGUGUGAUGAGGAGCUGCCAAUUCUCUGCACCCACAGCGCUCCCCUCUCAAGCAGUACCUCCGACAACACGUCGACAACCUGGCAAGUUCAGCAGACCGUGGGAAAGAAGGUGCUCACCGGCUACCGCGAUUACCACGUUUGGAAAUUCAGGGGUGUUCGGUUCGCCGACACCCCAGCACGAUUUACGUACUCUAAGGCCGCCAGCUACGAGGACGAAGGAGAAGUGGAUGCUCUGCUGGCAGGAGAGGACUGUCCACAAACAGUCGAAGACGCCGAGGGCGGAACCAGCAGCGAGGACUGUCUUUUUGCGAAUGUGUGGACCCCCUACCUCCCGCCCACGGGGGGCGCCGACAAGAAGGAGUUGAAGCCCGUCAUGGUGUACAUUUAUGGCGGCGCCUUCACGUCGGGGUCCAGCAAGAACGCGUACAAGGACGGCACCAACCUGGCAGCACGCGGCGAUGUGGUGGUCAUUGCGUUUAACUACCGCCUCGGAUCCAUUGGCUUCCUGAACCUGAACGAUGGCGUCCACAACGGCAACUACGGAAUCUCAGACCAGGUCACCGCGCUGGAAUGGAUCAGCAAGUACAUCAAGUACUUUGGCGGAGACCCGGACAGAGUAACCAUUUUUGGCGAGUCGGCAGUGGCCAGAGCAUCCAUAUGCUCCUUCGGCAUUGAGAAGGCCAAACGGCUUUUUCACGGGGCGUGA